AUUAUAAAAAGGAGACUAUGACCAUGCAUAUGACUUACACUGUUAAAUUGGCAGUAGGUAUGAUAGUUUUAGGAUCUCUCAUUUGGGCUGCUUCCGAAUUUUCAGUUGUCUUCAAUGUGAGCGCAAUAUUGGAAGCGACUUUUAUCGCUAUUGGAGCAUUGAUUGUUAUAGCAGGAACUAUUGCUUGGGCUAUGUCCAUUCCCAAAAUAUUUAUCAUUAACUUGGAAAGUCAACAUGAAAGAAGACGAAAAAUGAAGCAAAUAUUGGAGUCUAUGGACAUUGAUCGUUUUUCUUUUGUUCCAGCUCUUUCUAAGGAGUCCGAACUUGUGGAAUGGUAUGCUUACAACUGCGUUCCUAAAGAGACACCUGGAAUAGCCGAGGAAGCAGGUCGGCUUCGCGGUAGACCAGGAAAGCUAGAGAUUGCUGUUUUUCUUUCUCAUUUGAAGGCUCUUAAAUGCGUCGCAAACCUUCCAGAAAGUGAACCUUAUGGAAUCAUUUGCGAAGACGAUGUGACUUUUCGGUCGGAUUUUCGAAAGAUGCUUUCUGAAAUUCUUCCACUGGGGUACGAUCUAGUUCAUUUAGGCUACUUGUUUUAUGAAGAAGUCAAAGCCAAAGAUCCUGGAACAUUUCUUUUUCCAACUCCUUUGGCUUUAUCAGGAGCUCAGUGUUAUUUAGUGAAUCGUUGGUACGCGGGCUACUUGGUGGAUAAAAUGGACCAUCCUGUUAGGUUAAUUCAACCACGCGAAGGGAUUGAAGUAACGUCCGAACUUCUUCUUCAAAUAGAUCAAUCCACUACGAAAGUAUUCUCACCUCCCGAUGUUCAGAAUUCCGGAGGCAUUGUGUACCCUCCUUUAGUGAUUGAACGAAAAGAAGAAGAAGGAAACCAAAGACAUGGAGGCCACCAUUGGUAUCACGAUAAAUUCCGAAGAAUGCAUUCUUUUGCAAAAGAGCAGUAAGUGGAGAAAAAAAAAAUAACAUGGAAUGAACACAAACAUGGGCAGCCGGUAAUUUUUAUAUUUUUCUUUUUUUUUCCGUCUCUCUCAGGAUGAUUUCGAUGACCCUUGCAGCGUUUCUAGUUCUUUGUACAUCAGAUAAUCGCCGUAUCCCCACAAUAGAACUCCAAUGAGAAUGACGACAAUGGAUGAAAUUUGCAAAAUGGUAGCGCCUGACAUUUUAUUCUUUUUUUAAUAUGCGUAAGGUGAUCGAACUCGGGGUGAAUAAGCUCCGGUCCUUUCUAGAGGGAUGGAAUGGGUCAUUUUUCUUGUUCCUGAUAGGGCCGAUCCACUACCUCUUGCUCCUCCAACUGAGCGCGGCUUGUUCACGAGCACAAAGUCAGCAAAAGACCACAUACCUACUCCUACGAGAAUAAUAACGAUAGCUAUGACCAUAUAAACUAUUCCAUUUGCCAUUUUUGUCUGUUCUUUUAAUUAGGAAUUUAAAAAACAAGAUGUUUCCAAAAACAGUCAAUGUGCCACUUUUGAAGAGAGCAGUUGAAUGCCCUUUCGACUGCAGAUCAUCUGCCACUUUGCUUGGAGCGUUUGACUACUUAUUUUGGGUACU